AUGGGAGCCAUGGCUUAUCCCUUACUUUUCUGCCUCCUGCUCGCUCAUCUGGGAUUGGGAACUGUUAGCACCAGCCGCGACCCUCUGGGACGGCUGGAUUCCCCUCGUGAGAGAACCCUGAGGCUGAAGCAGCACGCGCAGCAGCCGACUCGAGCCUUUGCCUCGGACCCCUCGGCUCCCUGGAGCCGCUCCACUGACGGCACCAUCUUGGCGCAGAAACUCGCCGAGGAGGUGCCCAUGGACGUGGCCUCUUACCUCUACACCGGGGACUCCCACCAGCUGAAGCGAGCCAACUGCUCCGGCCGCUACGAGUUGGCGGGCCUGCUGGGGAAGUCGUCAGCCCUAGCCAGCUCCCAUCCCUCCUUGCACGGGGCGCUGGACACGCUGACACACGCCACUAACUUCCUCAACAUGAUGCUGCAGAGCAAUAAGUCGAGGGAGCAGAACUUGCAGGACGACCUGGAGUGGUACCAGGCACUGGUGCGGAGUCUCCUGGAGGGCGAGCCCAGCAUUUCCCGGGCAGCCAUCACCUUCAGCACCGAGUCGCUGUCCGCGCCGGCCCCGCAGGUUUUCCUCCAGGCCACCCGCGAAGAGAGCCGCAUCCUGCUCCAGGACCUGUCCUCCUCGGCACACCACCUGGCCAACGCCACGCUGGAGACCGAGUGGUUCCACGGCCUGCGGCGCAAGUGGAGGACCCACUUACACCGCCGCGGCUCCAAUCAGGGGCCCCGGAGCCUGGGCCAUAGCUGGCGGCGCAGGGACGGGCUUGGCGGGGACAAGAGCCACGUCAAGUGGUCUCCGCCUUAUCUGGAGUGCGAGAACGGGAGUUACAAGCCUGGGUGGCUGGUCACUCUGUCCGCUGCUUUCUACGGGUUGCAGCCUAACCUGGUCCCGGAAUUCAGGGGUGUUAUGAAAGUUGACAUAAAUCUUCAGAAAGUGGACAUUGACCAAUGUUCAAGUGAUGGCUGGUUUUCAGGAACUCACAAAUGUCACCUUAACAAUUCAGAGUGUAUGCCAAUUAAAGGUCUAGGAUUCGUGCUUGGAGCCUAUCAGUGCAUUUGCAAAGCAGGAUUCUAUCAUCCUCAAGACUUCUCAGUGAACAACUUUCAGAGAAGAAAUUAGUUGCCUGAUCAGGAGCUUUCAGGAAGUGCAAAAGAUGUGUCAGAAGAAGCCCAUGUCUGCCUACCCUGCAGGGAGGGCUGCCCUUACUGUGCUGAUGACAGCCCCUGCUUUGUCCAGGAGGAUAAGUAUUUGCGACUUGCUAUCAUCUCCUUCCAAGCCCUGUGUAUGCUGCUCGACUUCGUUAGCAUGCUGGUGGUCUACCACUUUCGCAAAGCAAAGAGCAUCAGGGCAUCAGGCCUUAUCCUGCUGGAAACAAUUCUUUUUGGGUCUCUGCUUCUAUACUUUCCAGUUGUUAUUUUGUACUUUGAGCCAAGCACAUUUCGCUGUAUUCUCCUCAGAUGGGUCCGUCUUCUCGGUUUUGCUACUGUUUAUGGAACUGUCACUCUCAAGCUUCACAGGGUUUUGAAGGUGUUUCUUUCACGAACAGCCCAGCGGAUUCCAUAUAUGACUGGUGGACGGGUCAUGAGGAUGCUUGCAGUAAUGCUUCUGGUAGUAUUCUGGUUUCUUGUUGGCUGGACUUCGUCUGUUUGCCAGAAUUUGGAGAGGCAGAUUUCACUUAUUGGCCAAGGGCAAACAUCUGAUCACCUCAUCUUCAAUAUGUGCCUCAUUGAGCGCUGGGAUUACAUGACAGCAGUCGCUGAAUUUUUAUUCCUCUUGUGGGGUGUUUAUCUCUGCUAUGCAGUGCGGACAGUGCCAUCAGCAUUUCAUGAGCCACGCUAUAUGGCUGUUGCAGUUCACAAUGAGCUCAUUAUCUCUGCUAUAUUCCAUACAAUUAGAUUCGUUCUUGCCUCAAGACUUCAGUCUGACUGGAUGCUAAUGCUAUAUUUUGCACAUACUCAUUUGACUGUGACAGUUACCAUUGGGUUGCUUUUGAUUCCAAAGUUUUCACAUUCAAGCAAUAACCCCCGAGACGACAUUGCUACAGAAGCGUAUGAAGAUGAGCUAGACCUGGGCCGGUCUGGGUCCUACCUGAACAGCAGCAUCAACUCCGCGUGGAGUGAGCACAGCUUAGACCCAGAGGACAUUCGGGAUGAGCUGAAGAAACUCUAUGCCCAGUUGGAAAUAUAUAAAAGGAAGAAGAUGAUUACAAAUAACCCCCACCUCCAGAAAAAGCGGUGCUCCAAGAAGGGCUUAGGCCGUUCAAUCAUGAGGCGUAUAACCGAGAUCCCAGAGACAGUCAGCAGGCAAUGUUCCAAAGAGGACAAGGAAGUCACAGACCACAGCACAGCCAAAAACACUGCCCUGGCCAGGAAGAACCCACAGGAGUCUUCAGGUAACAUUGGGAAGCCCAAAGAGGAGUCCCUGAAAAACCGAGUCUUCUCCCUAAAGAAAUCGCACAGCACUUAUGAUCAUGUGAGGGAGCACAUGGAAGAGUCCAACAGUUUACCAGUGGAAAGCCAAGAAGAGGAAGCUACAGAACAAUCUACGCUGGAGUCUCUGUCAAGUAAAAAACUAACACAAAAACUGAAAGAAAACAGUGAGGCUGAGUCCACAGAGUCUGUGCCUUUGGUGUGUAAGUCAGCAAGCGCUCACAAUCUCAGCUCAGAGAAGAAGCCAGGCCACCCCCGAACAUCCAUGUUGCAAAAGUCUCUCAGUGUCAUAGCAAGUGCCAAGGAGAAGACUCUUGGAUUAGCUGGGAAAACCCAAACAUCAGGCAUGGAAGAUCGUGCUAAAUCCCAGAAACCUCUGCCAAAAGAUAAAGAAACAAACAAAAAAUACUCAAAUUCAGAUAAUGCAGAGACUAAAGAUUCUGCCCCCCAAAACUCCAAUCAUUUGGAGGAGCCAAGAAAACCUCAGAAAUCUGGGAUUAUGAAGCAACAAAGGGUCAACCAGCCCACUGCCAAUUCUGACAUGAGCCCAGGCACCACCCAGAUGAAGAACAACUUUGACAUAGGGGAAGUGUGCCCUUGGGAGAUUUACGACCUGGCCCCUGGUCCCGUGCCUUCAGAAUCAAAAGUUCAAAAACACGUAUCUAUUGCAGCUUCUGAAAUGGAGAAAAACCCAACUUUUUCCUUAAAGGAGAAAUCUCAUCAGAAGCCCAGGGCAGCUGAACUGUAUCAGCAAACCAAUCAGAAGAGCAUAGACAAGGCUGAGUUAUGCCCUUGGGAGAGCCAAGGUCAGCCCGGUUUUGAAGAUGAGAAGCCUUUGAUUUCCAAGACUCAGGUUCCCCCAGGGAGAGCCAAAGAUGAGAAUGGCCGUCAGCAUUUUGCAGCCAACGUGUGUGCUGGACAAUAUGAAGAAAUGCCCCCCAAAGUUGUAGCAUCAAAAAUCGAGAAUGAAAAUCUCAACCCAACAGGAGACCAGGAUAAAAAGACAUCUUCCCCUGAGGAAAAUGCGCCCGGCUCCUAUAACUCAAGUAAUAACUUUCAUCAGCCUUUAACAUCACGAGCUGAGGUGUGCCCGUGGGAGUUUGAGACCCCAGAUCAACCAAAUGCUGAAAGAAGUGUAGCUUUACCUGCCUCUUGCACUCUAAGUGCAAAUAAGAUGGCAGGGCCUCGGAAAUAAGAGGUCUGGGAUACUUUUAAAGUGUAG